UGAAACAUUGACAGUGCACCUUUUGCAUUUUCAGUGCUAGAAUUUUUUUUGCUAAAAAUGUUCAUGAUAAUAGACUUUAAUAUACAACUGUAUUUAGUCAACACAUACGCAGGUCAUUUAGGAUGCUGAGGGUUGUAACAGUGUGUUCAGUUAUAAAACACAUAUACACAAUAUUUUGUAAGUUGGUUGGUAUAAAUAAAUUAACUCUUAGUACUUGAUUCAUAAAAAAAACCUACAGUACUUGGGUCACAGCAACAUAAAAUCACAACCAAUCUCUACCUUUGGAACUGGUAUGUGUGUCUUGCAUUUGCAUUUUGAAGGGUAGUGCCGUAAAAAAUGCACACUAGUGUUCAAUGUCUGUGUAAUGUUUUGCAAAAAGUAUUUUAUGAUAUUGAGAACUGAGUGAAAAGCUGAGAAUUAGCUUAUAGUAUAGUUUAUAGUUUCAAGAUUAGGUGUGAGUAUUUGCUCUUUGAGUGACAUGUUUCAGAUAUCGUAUGACAUGAAGAUAUUUUGUGUGUAAGCAGUUAAACUGCUAUUUUGUAAAUGUAUCAAAUUAUUUGUGCAUAGCCUUGAUAUUGGUGGAGUGUUGUACACAUGACACUUAUUUUUUCCCCUCAGCAUAAUACACUAAGUGAUUUCCAAAUGAUUUCAUAAGGUAUUUGUUAACUCUGUAGGAGCUGAUACCACAGAGGUAAAAUACUACAGAGGGGCUGUAGUGAGUCUGGGGCUGCUGUGUGCUCUCCUACUGGUUGUCAUUAUAUGGAUGGGCACCAAAUACACUGCAGAGAGAGACCAGCAAGAAAGGAAUAUGGACCAACUGCAAUUAACUAACAACAACCUGACCCAAGAAAGAGACCACUUCCAGGCAAGAAACACCAACCUAACCGCGGAGAAAAAUGAUGUGAUGGCUAAAAUCAACAUUUUAACUGCUGAGAAAGAGAUGCUUCAAAAGGCCUCUGGUUGGAGGUGUUCCAAUUCCAGUUGUUACUACAUUUCAACCAGCCUGAACACUUGGAAUGACAGCAAACAGCACUGCAUGGAUCUAGGGGGGCAUCUGGUGAUCAUUGACAGUGAGGAGGAACAGAAAUUCAUCUCAGGAUUUAAGAAGAGAGUUUGGAUUGGUGCUAUGGAGACAGAGGGAACCUGGAAAUGGGUAGAUGGCAAAGUCCUGGGUAAUGCAGAGUACUGGGGUGAGGGAGAACCAAAUGACUACCAGGGAAGAGAAGAAGACUGUGCAGAGAUCUUUUUUCUGAGAGUCCCUCUGAGAAACUGGAAUGACGUCAUUUGCAAUUUUAAUAAUACAUAUAUUUGUGAGAAAGCAAUGUGAUUUCAGUUAAAAACAUCUAUCUUUUUACGAGUCUUCCCAUAGGACAAUUUUAAAUGUAGAUGUGAUCUCACUGUCAAUUAUGUAACAAUUUAAUCUCAGAUAUUUGUGCUUAGUAGAAACAGUUUGAGACAGAAAUGAGACACUUUAUUGUAACAAUCCACCAUUAUUGACAAAAAUAUCUUCUAGCUACCCCUCUCCAAAACAUCUUUGAGCAGUCUUCUUGUAGGCUAGUUAUGUACACUUAAUUGUGAAAAUGUGUGCAUCACCCCCAAACAUCAUGGUUGUCUUGAGAGAGAAACAGAGGAGCUAAUAUUGAGAUGUCUAAAUACUUGGUCCAUGUAGAAAUCUGAGGAGCAGGAGAUUUAAGCUUUAGUCAUCUUUGCUCAUCUCAUUGCUGUCUAGAGUAAACUGAAAGAUCUCUUUUUAGAUUUUCUGUUCUUAAUGUUUUUCUAAUUCCACUUGGAUUUCUGUGAUGAUCUAUUGACCUGCUGAUAUACAAACUCUUGUAUCAAGGAUGCCAGACUAACCAUUCAUAUUUAACUGCUGGGUUCCAUGUUAAUGAUACCUUGUAUUAAUCAGUUGCUGUGAGCAGUUUUACAGAAAUGUUUUUUGAAAGCAGAAUUGUUUUUAACUCACACGUCCCUGUACUUACUAACUUUCUUUUUCAUUAGUAGUCGUUCUCAGAGUGUCCACUAGAUGACAUUAAAUGUGCAUCUAAUGUAAAGAUGACUACAAC